AGAAUAAUAAUCGAUUCUAUGGUUUAUCUCACGGUAUAUUCCUAUGAAGCCCUCCUAAAUUCAAUUCAAACACAACAGAAGUUAGCCGAGUUCGUUAUUUUUAAGUUUUAGUUGUCGGUUAGUGUAAAUAAUUUGCGGGAAAUCGGCCAGGCCGAGCUAAAACCAGAAAAAUGCGAGUUAUAAGGGAAAUGGCGAACAUCGAUGAUUUUUUGAAAAUCGAGAAGAUCGGAGAAGGUACCUAUGGCGUUGUUUAUAAAGGAAAAAACAAAAAGACAGGGCAAUUAGUGGCUUUAAAGAAAAUAAGGCUAGAGUCUGAAGAUGAGGGGGUGCCUGCCACAGCUCUUAGAGAAAUUGCUCUUCUUAAAGAAUUGAAACAUCCUAAUAUUGUUGCUUUGGAAGAUGUUUUAAUGGAGGAAUCAAGAAUCUAUCUUAUUUUUGAAUAUUUACUGAUGGAUCUCAAAAAAUAUAUGGAUAAAAUAGAGAAUGGGAAGUUUAUGGAUCCAAAAUUGGUGAAGAGUUAUUUUUAUCAGUUGAAUAGUGCCAUUCUGUUUUGUCAUCAGAGGAGAGUACUUCACAGAGAUUUAAAACCUCAAAAUUUGUUGAUCACUAGAGAUGGUACAAUCAAGGUAGGAGAUUUUGGUUUAGGUAGAACCUUUGGAGUUCCAGUACGAGUCUAUACUCAUGAGGUUGUCACACUGUGGUACAGAGCUCCUGAAGUAUUAUUGGGUACAACAACAUAUAGUUGCCCAAUUGAUAUUUGGUCUUUGGGUUGUAUAUUUGCUGAAAUGGCUACAAAACGCCCGUUGUUCCAAGGGGACUCUGAAAUUGAUCAGCUUUUCAGAAUAUUUAGAAUAUUGACCACACCAACUGAAGAAACUUGGCCAGGAGUGUCCACCCUUCCUGACUACAAAGCUACAUUCCCCAAAUGGAAAAACUACAUCCUAACGAGGCAGGUCAAGAACAUGGAUAAUGAUGCGUUAGAUCUCCUCCAGCAAAUGUUGGUCUACAACCCUAGUGAUCGCAUAUCGGCCAAGAGAAUUGCUCAACACCCCUAUUUACAAAAUGUCGAUACUUCCGUUAAGCCCAACCUGCCGGACAGGAUAUAGUGUUCAAUCCGAGCCGAUAAAUUGAACACGUUUAGUUUUUAUGGUUUGGGACCAUAAGGUGUUCGUCUUUGUUUUGAGGAACACCAGAACUUUUUUUUAUGUUUGUAUUUAUCUCGACGAAGAUGAGUUUCUAUUGGAUAUUUUCAUUGUAUUUUUAUUAGUAAAAUGUACAUUCCUGAGCUUUAUCUGAACUUUGGUCUCAACUUAAAUUCAGCGAAUUGUUGAGAAAACUCAUUUAUCAGGUAAUUUGUGUCUUCAAUUUAAUCAGUUCUGAACUUUCGAAAGCUUGAAUGUUUUUUUUUGGUCCAGUUGUAGAAAAUCGUGAAAGCCAUACUGUAUAUUUAUAGAACAAGCCAUAUUUACAAAUAAAAAUGUAUUUUUUCAACGAUUAAGUUCUAAGCGAACAUGUAUAUUAAAAAGAAAAUAUUUUCAUAAUAUUGUA